GGCAAACCGAACAGUUUCUUGUUAAGGAUUAACAGAGGUGGUUUAACCCAGUGUGAGAGGGCCUGCUCCGGAUUGAAGUGAAGAUGUCUUUGUCCAAGAUGCAGAGCCUGAGAGUGGCAGCUGUGCUGGAGGACUGCUCAGACCAGCUUGACAUACUGGGACACAUUUUGACAGUGCAGAUCAGCAGGGUGCAAGGCACUGGAGCUGCACAGGAGAUAGCCAAGCUGACCAAGCUGAGGAGGGACUGUCAAUACAUCAAGCAGCACACUUUCAAGAUGCAGUCAGAGCUGGAGGAGUGGCAUAGUUACACAUCUGUGCUUCAGGUGGUAGACGAAGAAGAGCAGAGGAAGAAGGCUGAGAAAAUGCGAAGAGAGGGAAAGAGGGAGCUGGAGCAUAAAAAACUAACUCUACAGAGACAACAAAAGGAGCUCCAACAGAAAAUAGAGAAAAAUGAGGACUUGUGCCGAAACAGCGCAGGCCUCAGGCGUCAGCUGGAUGAACAGUCAUUACAGGCUGCUAACUGGAGGGAGAUUGUGGAGAAAGACGCUGAGCUGCAGCUCCAACAGGCACAGAAGAGGAAGAUCAAGGCUGAGAAGAUGCUGGAGGAGCAGCUGAAGGAGCAGCUGGAGAUGCUGCAGAAACAGCAGAGGGAGGAUAUGAGAGUUCACGAGAGGUUAAACAAUUACCAGCAACGUCAAAACCAGAGUUUGCAGCAGCAGCUGCAGCAGCUGCAGCAGCGCACAGAGCUGAUGCUGCAGGACAAGCAGGGGCAGCUGAACAACGUGUGCCGCAAAAGAACAGUGAACUUGGACAAACUGUCAGAGAUGAGGAGGAGGUUCAGGGAGAUGGAGGAGUUGGUGAUGGAGGACAGGCUGGAGCAGGAGAAACUGCUCCAACAGGAGGCAGAGGACAAAGCUGCUACUAAGCUGCAGGCCUGGUGGAAAGGCUGCAUGGUCCGCAGAGGCCUUGGCAGUUUUAAAAAAGCAGAGAAAGGCAAGAAAGGCAGGAAGAACAAAGAAGGAAAAACUAAGAAAUAGUUUUAUUAAACAUUUAUUUUUGCUCAUUU